CUAAAUAUUUACGAAAAGAAACCCUAAGAAACUAGAGAGAGAGAGAGAUGCAAGCAAUCGACGAUCAAUCCACCGGAGGAAUCCGAGCCAUGGCGGAUGUGUACGGACCCAACGCCGGAGUUCCGACGGCGUACGAGGCGGUGAGGAGGUUGGCCGGAGAAAACGCGGUGGUGGUGUUCAGCACGAGCGGAUGCUGCAUGUGCACCGUCGUGAAACGACUCCUCUUCGGCCUAGGCGUGGGACCCACCGUAGUAGAGCUCGACCUCCUCCCGUCCUCUUCCGCCGCCUCCGACGUCCACGCCGUCCUCUUCCACCUCUCCGGCUGCGGAAAGAUGUCGCCGAUUCCGGCGAUCUUCGUCGGGGGGAAGUUUCUCGGCGGCAUCGACACUCUCAUGGCAUGCCACAUCAACGGCUCCUUGAUUCCUCUCCUCAAAGAUGCUGGUGCUCUUUGGCUUUGA